AGGGGCGAGGCGGGAUGUCGCUGUGAGUGGAGUGAGUGCGCGUGUGCGUGUCCACGCGCGCGGGGCGAGCGUUGGUAGCGAGCGGAGAGGAUGCACACGGCACUCGAGCCAGAUACUGUAUAAGCAUCAUGAAGGUACAUCUGCAUACAAAGUUUUGUUUCAUUUGCUUGUUGACAUUCCUCUUUCACCAUUGUCACCACUGCCAUGAUGAUCAUCAUCAUGACCAUGACCAUAAUCAUGGUACUGAGGAGAAUCACCUGCAUAAGCAUAAUGAUUAUCAAAUCUCAGAGGAAUCGUACCUUCAAAACAACCCCACCAAGGUUUCUCUACAAAAUGCAGAAAGUAAGCAAAUGUAUUACAUUCAGAAACUGUUCAGUUAUUAUGGUGAAAAUGGGAAAUUGACAUUUCAUGGUUUAGAAAAACUCUUAACAAGCUUAGGUCUUGGAGAAGUGAAAGUUGUAGAUUUAGAGCAUGAUAAUGAUGGACAUGAUCAUGUUUCACAUCUAGAUCUCUUAGAAGCAGUAGAACGGAAACAUGUACACUCCCAUUCACACUCCCAUCAUACAGGACGUGUCAAAACUGUACCUAAUCCCAAGGUGAAAGGUAGUCGUUGUACCAGAGCAGACAGCAAGAACAUACGCUCCACUUUAAAGCCGGCAACUGUUGAAGUUGCUCAACGUCAUCAUCGUCAUCAUCAUCGGCACCACCAUCAUCGCACCUCCCCCCAUCCUUCUGAAAGUACAGUCAAUCAUAAAGACGGAGAACAGUUCCCUGAAUCUUCAGGUCCCAACGUGUUACAUGAAAAACCCCAAAGAAGGUCAAGGAAAAGCAAAAAGCAUAAGGUUGUAUUGAAACAACCAGAAGGGACAUUCACGCCAUCUCCAGUGGAAUCUUUAACUGCUCUGUCAACAAGUGAUCAUGAUAAUGAUCUGCAUGUUCAUGAAGAGAAAACAACUCAUCAACCAAGAGCGAAAAAAGACUUGGGUACCUCAAAAUUAAUUCAUGAAGAACACUUAGAAGCAGAACCUGGCCAUGAUGAGUGCUUGAAUGUUUCCCAGCUGCUACAACAUUAUGGUCUUAGCACGGAUUUGGGGAUUUCUCCAGAAGAGUUUACGUACUUGUGUCCUGCUUUGAUUUACCAAAUUGAUAGCAGGGCUUGUAUCAAGCACCAUAAAUUGAAUACGGAAACAGCAGACAAUGAAGAUUCUGCAUUAUCAGUUCUUUCUUACACAGCUUGGAUAUGGGGGCUCAUCUCUGUCACAAUCAUAAGCUUGCUGUCUGUUCUGGGUGUGGUCCUUGUACCUAUCAUCAAUCAAGUAUGCUUUAAGUUUCUUCUCACGUUCCUGGUGGCUCUGGCAGUGGGCACUCUCAGUGGAGAUGCAUUACUUCAUCUCAUGCCACAUGCGCAAGGUGGCCAUGAUCACAGUCAUGAUGCACAUCAUCAUGAUCACGGACAGAAUCAUACUCAAGGGGAGGAUGAAACUACUGAAGGGCUUCUUACAACCUACAAUGCGUUGUGGAAAGGCCUUACAGCUUUAGGUGGUAUUUAUCUGCUUUUCAUCAUUGAACAUUGCAUUGGCAUAUUCAGAGAUCGCAGGACUAGAAAGGGCAAAAAGAGGUGGCUUAAGAAAAAAUCCCUAAGUGGAGAAGCUGCAGUGGGACGAAAAUUAUCUGAUCACAAAUUAAACCGUAGAUCAGAAGGCGAAUGGCUGGAUCUUAAAACCAUGGGUGGAGCAGAUCAGCUUGAUGUUUCUGGUGAGAAACAAGAUGUAACCCAGGUUACUGACAUCGACUGCAACCAAGAAACAUCGUCACAAACAUUUAGGACACCUGAAGAAAAUGCGAUCCUGCCACAUGGACACACCAAGAAUUUAAAGGCUGUUUACAUUCAAGAUCCACAUGAUGUUGAUUAUAUUAUUCCAAGUGGAGAAACAGCCAUGUCAAAGAAACAUAGACAUUCUCACUCGCACCAUUCACACCAUUCCCAUGGUCAUUGCCAUUCCAAUAAAGAGAUGCAAGAUGCCGAUAUAGCAAAUAUUGCUUGGAUGGUUAUCAUGGGAGAUGGCAUGCAUAACUUCAGUGAUGGGUUGGCAAUAGGAGCUGCAUUCAGUGCAUCUAUCACAGGAGGCCUGAGUACAUCCAUCGCAGUGUUUUGCCAUGAGCUUCCUCACGAGCUGGGUGAUUUUGCUGUUCUGAUCAAUGCUGGAAUGUCUGUGAAACAGGCCAUUGUUUAUAAUGUCCUGUCAGCCCUCCUUGCAUAUGUUGGUGUGGUGAUAGGCAUAGCUGUAGGACAGUACACUCAUAAUUUGACCCAAUGGAUCUUUGCCAUCACUGCAGGCAUGUUCCUAUAUGUGGCAUUGGUGGAUAUGUUACCAGAAAUGCUACACAGCCCAUCAGAUAAUCAAGGUCAGGCUUGGUUUGGGCACUUUGUUCUUCAGAAUGCUGGGAUGCUCUGUGGAUUUACCAUCAUGCUGCUAAUUGCCAUUUUUGAGGAUCAUAUUGUAAUUAACUUUUAAUGUUUUAACAUUUUCAAUGACAAAUAAUGUAUGGUCUUGUCUGCCUUAUAUGUGUGACAGCUUUAAUUGUAUAUGGAUUUUGCAAAGCAAAUUGUGUGACAGGUAUUUAUCACUGCAGAUUACUUUUCAUAAUCGCUGUUUUAGGUUUGUUUAACACAGUUGCAUCCACAUUGAAGUAUGGAAACUUAAAAGUGUAGUAGCAGUAUUAAUACUACUGUAUUAAACUCAACCCCCUGCCACCCAACGAAGUGUAUUAAUGUUUCUUUAACAAACAUUAUUUUUUGACAGAAACCAAUUCACAUACAUAUGUUAUGAUGUAAUUUCAUACAAAAUGUCAUUAUACAUCAACAUUUCCACUGUAGUCGAUGCAGGUUGACGCAUGUCAAAACAUAGUUAUUCUGUGUCUCGUUCGAACAUUGAUUAAAGCUGUUUACAACAGUCGCAAUGAUCAGAGUUGCUAUAUUAUAUAUAUAUUAUAUAUGACAAUAAAAAAAAGUAAUAAAUUGGUCACUUUGAGCCACGACUGCUUGGGAACACUGCUGUGCGCAAUUGGCUGCCACGAUUUUCCCACAAAUAUACUCAAUUCACUUUACAGUAUAUUCUGUGAAGCGCUUUGAGACAUCUAGAAGACAUGAAAAGUGCUAUAUCAAAUAUAAGGAUUAUUAUAUUAAAAUAUGUGAUUGACAAAGGUAUCUGGGGAGAUGAUAUGCCAUUUAGCAGAAAUGUAAUGCUUGAAUCCAUGUAGUUUGUUUAGUGCAAUUAGGUCCAUAGAUGGAACAUGUCUAGUAGUAUUUUGUUGAAUGUUUUCUCUCCUCCAUAAACAAUCACCAGCUGUAAUGCAGCCAGGGUUCAUGGUGCUGUUUUUUNAAAUGAAAUUGCAUCUCCAGUGUCAAAUGUACAAACUAGUGGGUACUUACUAGUUUCAAAAUAGUGUUUCUUCUCUCAUAACAACCAUCUCUUACAUUCCCAUCCCUGCAUUGUACCUCAGUAUUGAACCAUGUUUGCUGUCUUGAGUGAACAGCUAGAUUGCUGUACAGUAUGUUUGGAGGUUUUUUUUCCAGCAAGCUUGUCACUAUGUGACAUUUUCUUUUGUCACUGUAAAUAAAUCAAUGUAAUUGUGCUAAAAUGAUGUAAUUAAUUUUGUGAUCAAGUGCAAAUGGCCAAAAUGUGAGUGGUGUAACCUGUGAUUCUUGUGGGUGUUAUUUGAUUUGAAUUCAUUGUUAAAGCCAAAGAUUAUGGGAACCUAAUUAGUUAAUUUGAAGUUUAUGAAAGGUUUUCAAAGUGUUAAGGUUCCAUAGCCUUUGUUUGUUACAAGUGACAAAGAAUUUUUUGGUAAUGCUCUAGAGAAAAUUUGUUUGUCCAUAUUACACUAAUCUUUCAUGAAUAAAACUCACUGCAGUUUCACUUGA